GCGGGGGCGACGGCGGCGGCGGGCUCGGCGGCGGCGGGCUGGGAGGCGGUGGCGAGGGUGGCGGCGGCGAGGGUGGCGGCGGCGAGGGCGGCGGCGGGCUCGGUGGCGGUGGCGAGGGUGGCGGUGGGCUCGGAGGCGGGGGCGACGGCGGCGGCGGGCUCGGCGGCGGCAGGCUGGGAGGUGGAGGCGAGGGUGGCGGUGGCGAGGGUGGCGGCGGCGAGGGCGGCGGCGGGCUCGGUGGCGGUGGCGAGGGUGGCGGUGGCGAGGGCGGCGGCGGCGAGGGUGGCGGCGGCGAGGGUGGCGGCGGCGAGGGCGGCGGUGGCGAGGGCGGCGGUGGCGAGGGCGGCGGCGGUGACGGAGGUGGUGGCGAUGGAGGCGGGGGCGAGGGCGGCGGCGGCGAGGGCGGCGGCGGGCUCGGUGGCGGUGGCGAGGGUGGCGGUGGCGAGGGCGGCGGUGGCGAGGGCGGCGGUGGCGAGGGUGGCGGUGGCGAGGGCGGCGGUGGCGAGGGCGGCGGUGGCGAGGGCGGCGGUGGCGAGGGCGGCGGUGGCGAGGGCGGCGGUGGUGAGGGCGGCGGCGGUGACGGAGGUGGUGGCGAUGGAGGCGGGGGCGAGGGCGGCGGCGGAGGUGGUGGCGAUUGA